AUGGCUCUGACUCCUCUAUGGAUGACACCAUCUCGCACAGCAGGUGCUUCUUCAGGACAAAGAUUUGUUGGACCAGUAGCACACGUGAUUACAACUGUCGGUCAACAACAGUGUGAAAAAGAAUGUCUUGCAAGACCAAACCUGUGUAAAGGAGUAAACUACAGAAGGAAGCAUUUGUUAUGUGAGAUUGUGUCAUCUAGAGAGGACUUUGAGUCAAAUCCAGAAUACACGAGCAUUACCGUUAAUCAGCUGACAGACGAAACAAACGGUGCUCUUGGCUCCACAGAGGAUCAGAAGUGUGUAAAACUGGCCAGCAAACAAACGUUCUGCGUCAAAGGUAACGAGAAGCUUCAUCAUCUUCUGAACCAGGGAAACUAUGAACUUCGGAUGGACAUGAGUGAUUUCACAGGCCAGACACGCUACGUCAAGUAUUCCCAUGUAGAUGUAAAUGACGAAACAAGCAUAUACAGAAUAAGUAUAGCUGGCUAUUCGGGAAAUGUUGCGGAUUGUCUUUCCAGUUCUGAUAGUAUUAACACACUUAUGUUUACAACAAAGGAUCAGGAUAAUGACCUUCGCUCAACCGGAAAUUGUGCGGUCGAUUUCAAAGGGGCUUGGUGGUAUAAAGACUGUCAUUGUGCAAAUCCUAAUGGACUGUAUUUGGUGGGAAAUACGAAUUUGUAUGGAGAAGGAAUCACUUAUUUUCAUUGGUUAACAAAUUAUUAUUCUUUGAAAACAAUUCGGCUGAUGGUUAGAAGAGUUUAGUUUGCUCUAUGGGUUUUUUUAAAAUUAAUUAAAAAAUUCCCUGAACCAAACAAUCUAAUGCUUUAUGUUGAAUAAGUGGUCGUUAAUUAACCAAAUAAUAACAAUAAACAUGAUAGAGUAAGCCUACCAUGAAUCAAAGUACUGAAGAACUGACGGGAAUUGAUUUUGUCGAUGCUUAUUUAUUUUAAUAUCAAUAAUAUGUUAUUUUGCAUGACAAGUUUCUAAUUUGUAUUUGAAUUACGCACAUUUUUAUAAUAUGAAUUUUGGACUUUUUCGACAAGAAUGUCGAGAAACCCCCAUAUGAAUGAUGUUAAAUAAUAUUUUAAGAUAAAAUUAAUUCAAUCAAACUAUGUAUCAGUAAUAGAAAUAUUUCUCGAAAAUUGUAUGGAUCCAAGCAAUAUUGAACUCUAGUCGCGUUCAACCAAACGCUCGGCUGACACCGUAAAUCUCCGACAAGCAAGAGAGACUCUCUGCUUGUCAGAGAUUUAUGGAGACAGCCGAGCGUCGAGUUGAACGAGACUAUAUUGAACUCUGGCGUAGGAAUACAUACGACUACAAAAAAUAUCUAAAUUAUUCGUACCAUUUAAAAUCUGACUAUUUUCAAGGUAUUUAUAAAUAAUUUUCCUUGAAAAACAAUGCUUUAGCAUACAUUACAUUUAAUUUAUCAAUUAUUUUCAAGAACUAAGUCUUGUCAGCAGCGAUGAUUUGUGCUGAGGUCCAAACACUGUUUCACUUCUGGUUUGUAUGAGUAACUGCAUAGGAGAGUUGAUUAAAAUUAACUCCCAAUAAUUUAAUUCCGAGUAAAUGAUUGUAUACAUAUUACAGUGUAUAUGUAUGUAAAAAUUUUCUCGUCCAUGACCAGAAAUAGUUGUCAUUCCUGUCACG